AUGGGUAAAAAACAGGAGAACAGUUCGGACUCCGACUACGGAGAAUCUGCUCAGUUUGACCCCAUGUUCAAUGGACCUAUAAAUAAAAGAGGUUGCACUGAUAUCAUCUGCUGCAUCUUGUUCAUGGCGGUCAUCCUUGGCUAUGCUGUGGUUGGGGUUUUUGCCUGGGUCUAUGGCGAUCCCAGACAUGUUCUUUAUCCACGAAACUCAACUGGCUGGUUCUGUGGCAUUGGGGAGAAUAAAGACCGACCCAAUGUGCUCUACUUUAACAUUCUCAAAUGUGCCACAUCCACCAACAUAAUGGCAACUGCCCUCAAUGGCUUUCAGUGUCCCACCACACAGGUGUGCGUGGAAGAAUGCCCCACUGUUUUUUGGGUUCUGAGUCCAGAGGCCUACUUCCCAGAACAAAAGCCACAAAAGGUUUUCAAUCAAAGCUUCUGUACACCAUCCAUUAACCUCAGAACAACAGACCUGAGCGUUACAGAUAUUGUGGACAGGGAGUUGUGUCCUUUCUUCUACACACCCACUGUUCCCGUGUUGGGAAGAUGUUUACCAGAUAUCACAGCUCUGGGCAAAAUCCCUGUCGACUUUUCCAAAGCACCAGGCUUGCCAUCAACCCUCAAUGACACCGUGAACAUGAUCAAGAAUGGCACUGGGGACAUUGUGAAUGGCUUCAACGCCAGGGAGAUUGGUGUCCGCAUCUUUGAGGAUUUUGCGUCGUCAUGGCCUUGGAUCCUCCUUGGUUUGCUAAUAGCAAUGCUGGUCAGCAUGCUGUUCCUGUUACUGCUUAGGUUCACUGCUCCCAUCAUGGUGUGGGUGCUGAUCAUAGGCGUGCUGGGAGCCGGGGCCUAUGGGAUUUGGCACUGCUACUGGGAGUAUGCUAACUACAAGGCUGCGUCUGCUACCAUUGCCGAUGUUGGCGUCACCACGAACUUUAACGUUUACCUGCAGGUUCAAGAGACCUGGCUGGCCUUCUUGAUAAUCAUAUCUGUGGCAGAGGGAAUCAUACUCCUCACCAUCAUCUUCUUGCGGACCAGAAUCCUCAUAGCCAUUGCCCUCAUCCGGGAGGCCAGCAAAGCAAUCAGUCACAUGAUGUCCUCUCUAGUGUACCCUCUGAUCACCUUUACUCUCCUGGUGGUGUGUGUGGCUUACUGGGGCACCACUGCUCUAUACCUGGCUACGUCAGGAGGCCCUGUGUACAAAGUGGUAGCGCUCAACUCCACUGAAGAUGGCUGUAGGAAUAUUAAUGGCACAAUGGACUGUAACCCUGAGAACUUUACCUCCAACGACUACCCCGGUUGUUCAUCGGCACGUUGCGUCUUCAUUAAAUACAACGAAGAGGGUCUCUUCCAGAGGAACCUCUUCAACCUGCAGAUCUACAACGUGGUGGCGUUCCUCUGGUGUGCAAACUUUGUCAUCGCCUUGGGACAGUGCACGCUGGCUGGAGCCUUCGCCUCCUACUACUGGGCCUUUAAUAAACCAAAAGAUAUUCCCUUUUUCCCUGUGUCAGCUUCCUUUAUACGGUCCCUAAGGUACCACGUGGGCUCCUUGGCGUUUGGCGCGCUCAUCCUGACGCUGGUCCAGAUAAUCAGGAUCAUCCUGGAGUACAUCGACCACAAGACCAGAUCGGCACAGAACGCCUGCGCUCGGUUCCUCAUGUGCUGUCUGAAGUGCUGCUUCUGGUGUCUGGAGAGGUUCAUCAAGUUCCUCAACAGGAAUGCCUACAUCAUGAUUGCCAUAUAUGGGAAAAACUUCUGUACCUCAGCCAAAGAUGCUUUUUCGCUGCUCAUGAGAAAUAUAAUCAGGGUGGUGGUGCUGGACAAAGUGACAGACGUGCUGCUGUUCUUCGGGAAGCUGCUGGUGGUGGGGGGAGUCGGAGUCUUGUCCUUCUUUUUCUUCUCUGGACGAAUACCUCUACCAGGAAGCACUUUCCGCUCUGAAAACCUCAACUACUACUGGAUGCCCAUCUUUACGGUGGUGUUUGGGGCUUACUUCAUUGCUCAUGGAUUCUUUAGCGUGUACAACAUGUGUGUAGACACACUCUUCCUCUGUUUCUUGGAGGACUUGGAGCGCAAUGAUGGAUCAGAGCGGAAACCGUACUUCAUGUCCAAAAACCUGAUGGAGAUCCUCAACAAAUCCAACAAGGCACCAAAGAGGGGCAAAGUAAAGGGCUGAUGAAGACUUUGCUACCUAACUCAGUUGUAGUCCACUUGGUUCGGACAUCUGUGAGUCUAAAUAACCGGUUACCAUCUUUCCCUGAUUGUGCCUUGGGUAGAGACGAUGUACAAUAUGGUACCGCUGAUUCUCAGGUUCGUCAUUUGUGUCAUACAACACUUUGUUCCCAAUGGAGUUUACACAAACUCGAUUGCGAUUUUUGCACUUUUUAAAAUUCAUAUUUUAUAUCGUUUGGACAUUGUAAUGUAUGAAAACCAUGAGUAGUGAAUUUGGAGCAUCACUGUCCUGCAUUACAUUAUUUCAAUUGGCCACAAAAUAAUUUGAACUCUGGGUUGUUCCGCUUCUGUUUGAGAAAAAGCCUUCAUCUCCAACGUUAACAUUUUAACGCUGUAACAGCUGCCAUUGUGUAAAGGAACAGUCACUUCAGGACAGCUCGUCUUUAUGGUGACUUGUAUCAUUUCAUGCUAACUGACCACCAGCAAAUGGAAGGAUGAAAUCAUACUUUGUUGAAUUACUGUAAAACUUGACCCAGAAGUCUCUUCUCAGCAGGACUGUGAUGUGUGAAUCUUCAGCAUGGAACAAAAACGUUCAACUUCUGAAACAAAUACGCGUAGAGCCAGUUGCUAUCACUGCAUUUCAAAUAAGUUUAUUCUCAGUUUAUGGUGUUUAUUUUAUUCUAAAGAUGAAGGUUUUAUAAGAGUAUUUUCACUGACGAUGUAAUAAAUAGAUUUAAAAUGCUAAAAUAAAAUGUUAAAUAUGGU